AUGUCGGUAAAGUAUUGCGAUUCUGCAGAAGAGGGCUUGCCCCAGUCGUACUCGUACGAUGUGGACUCGGCAGACGAUGCAAGUGUCUGCAGUCAAGAUUCCGGAAUGUGUAUGUCGCCUGGAUGGGCUCCAAAUGCCAAACCCGAGUUGAAAUACUCAUAUGGGCCCACCUGGAAUCAAGGUCAUCCUUCCUACAUGCAUAACCCCCUCGGAGCUGUCCCGUAUAGCCUUCCAGUCAACACCCGAUGGGCUCCCCAGCCCGCUCCGAUUGUCUGCCUACCACCGACCUAUAACCAGAGUCCUCACAUCAAAACAGAGCACAAAAACUACUUCAACCUUGUGGAUAUUGCUCUCAACGAAUUGCGCAUGGCAGAUGUUCAGCUUCAGAGCGAAAUAAGAACGGGGCUCAACAGCCAGAGUGCCACGCUCUCCCUGUCCUCGAGUGUUGUUCAGAAGCAGCUGAGACAAGCUCAAAAGUAUUGUAAAGCAAUCAAGAAGCAGCUCAAAACUGUGGAAAGUCGUUGUCAUGACCGUCAAAUCAGUGUGCAGGAGGUAAAAGAACUUCGCGGUAGAGUGAAGACAGUCAUCAAGGAGCAAAAGAGCCUCAGACGUGGUCUGAAGCGCGAAAGGCGCAAGGGCGCAAGGGCUUGA